AUGUCUCGAUUAACCGAAGCUGGUGAAAAGAUAUCAGAAACACUAUUCAAUGCCUUAGUUGUAAACGGACUUCCGGAGAAAUAUGAGCACUUCAUCGUACAGGAAAGUUUUAAUCCUGCAGCAAAUUUCACCGAAUUACGAACACGUUUACAAAAUUAUGAUGAUAUUCGACUACAAAGAAAUCAAGCAAAAGAAGAUAGUGCAACAGCUAUGUAUUCUGGAAAUACGUCAGGAAGAAACAAAU